AUGGAACAGAACAACAUGGAGACGGGAAGUGACCGUUCGGCGUCGCCCAAGGGAUCGCCAGUCGGUGUGAAGCAGGAGUCGUCGCCGCGGGUGCACCACAGCCCGCCGCCCCCGGUGAGCCAAGCAGGCGGCAUGAUGCGGUCUCACCUUCCUCUGCCGCCCCCGGGGCUUGGCAUCCUCGGGAUGAUGCCGCAUUCCCCGCUGGACCUCAUGGCCGUGGCACACCACCACCCGCCUCCAAGGUCCUACUCCAGCCCGCCCCCGAUAUCCACCUCUGAUCCCACUGCCAACGAGUGCAAAUUGGUCGACUACCGGGGCCAGAAGGUCGCCGCCUUCAUCAUUGCCGGUGACACGAUGCUCUGCUUGCCACAGGCCUUCGAGCUGUUCCUGAAGCACUUGGUCGGUGGCCUUCACACUGUCUAUACCAAGCUGAAGAGAUUGGACAUCGUGCCGCUGGUCUGCAACGUGGAGCAGGUUAGGAUACUCCGCGGACUGGGUGCCAUACAGCCAGGAGUCAACCGGUGCAAGCUCCUCUCUUGCAAGGACUUCGACAUCCUCUACAGGGACUGUACUACUGCAAGGUAA